AUGGGUUUCGAGCCUCAGAUCCGCAAAAUCAUUGGUCAGAUCCAACCAGACCCUCAGACCCUCAUGUUCAGUGUGACUUGGCCGAAGGACGUCCAAAGGCUCGCUGCUGAUUUCUUGAAGAAUAUGAUUCAGUGCAACAUUGGUUCCAUGGAACUUACCGCGAACCACAACAUCAAGCAGAUCGUCGAAAUUUGCAGUGAUUUUGAUAAGAGAGGCAAACUGAUCAAGCAUCUCGACCAGAUCAGUGCCGAGAAUGCAAAGGUCCUCAUCUUCGUCGGCACGAAGCGUGUCGCGGACGAUAUCACCAAGUACCUCCGCCAAGACGGCUGGCCGGCUCUCACCAUUCACGGUGACAAGGAACAGCGCGAACGUGACUGGGUCCUCGAUGAAUUCAAGGCUGGAUGCUCUCCCAUCCUGAUUGCGACAGAUGUCGCAUCUCUUGGUCUCGAUGUCAAGGAUGUUGGCUACAUUAUCAACUACGACUUCCCCAACAACUGUGAAGAUUACAUCCAUCGUAUUGGUUGUACAGGGCGGACGCCACGGGGGCGGCUGCUGCUUUUGGGAGCUUUGAAACCGAAUACAAAACCGAAUACCAUACGCUAA